CCCUUCCAAAUCGAGAACACGAACCGAAUUGAAUAUAUGACUUUGCAUACGUCGGAAUCAGACAGUGUAUUCUCUCCUCUCCGAUCUCUCCUCCGCUUUCCGAUCUCGCGAGAUGCGUCCGGUUUCGUUGGUUUGACGAAUUUCCAAGUCUCGGCUCGUCCUGGUGGAUAUUUUUCUGCGUAUUGUCUGGUAUGGUUUUCGGAUUGUUCUUUUCAGUUUACACAAACAGGGAUUUCAUCGGCAUUUAUUCUCGUUUGAUUCGGUUUCUUUGGAUUUGGGCGGUGCCCAUUUGUGAUUCGAUCCGUUAAUCUGAGGGUUUGCGGGAAAAUGAUGUCUUUAGCUUGAGAUUACAGUUUUUGAUGGUUUGCACAGCUAAAGAUCGUGUCAUUAUCUGGAAACUUAGGAUGUGUUCAUGAUGUUUCUCUGUUCGAUACGGAUGUGCAGUUUAAUCAGAAUUUGCUAUGCCAGUGUAUUGCUCUUGGAUACUUCUUCUGCAUGAUGGAUCCGCAAAUCUUUAAUGGGUACAAGUGGAUAUGGAGGAGCUAGAGAUAAUUCUAUGGUAAAUAAGCUGCACCUUUUGCAAAUCAUCCGGUGGUUGUAGCAAAAUGAUGUGUAAUGUGGGAGUGGUGAAUGAUUUGGAGCGAUGAGUACGUUUACCAAGAACAAAUCAUUCAAUAGAAGGGCACUUACUUCCUUGGCUGUGGAAAGCCCGAGAACAACGAGCAUCAACAGUGCUGUAGGUUCGGCUUUUGCUAGCCCAAGAACCCCAAACUUCGGGGGAAUCCCACCUGUUAACCGGUUAAGCGAAAUCUCGUAUUUGUUUCAGGUGCUCAUUGUCACUGGAUCCAUCGUGUCAUUCUUGAUCAUAGUUGCUGGUGGUUAUUUGUAUAUCGUUCCCAGCCUUGGUCAAACAUUCUUGGGCUAUAACGAGCCCCAUUUCAAUAGCACUGUUGAAUACUGCGACAUAUUUGACGGGCACUGGGUUGUCGAUGACACCUACCCUUUAUAUAAUGCUUCAGAAUGCCCAUUUGUAGAAAAAGGAUUCGAUUGCUUAGGGAACAGACGUGAGGAUGAUGAGUAUCUUAAGUGGAGGUGGAAGCCAAAUCAUUGCAACGUUCCACGGUUCAAUGUGGGCGGCAUAUUGGAAAGGUUAAGAGGUAAAAGGAUAGUUUUCGUGGGAGACUCAAUGAGUAGAACACAGUGGGAGUCAUUGAUAUGCAUGUUAAUGACGGGGCUGGAAGACAAGACUAGUGUCUAUGAGGUCAAUGGAAACAACAUAACGAAAAGGAUAAGGUUUUUGGGUGUGAGGUUUAGUUCCUUCAAUUUUACCAUAGAAUUUUUCCGCUCGGUUUUCUUGGUUCAGCAAGGAAAGCUACCAAGGCAUGCACCAAAACGCGUUAAGUCGACGUUAAAGUUGGACAAGCUCGACGAUAUCAGCCAUGAGUGGGUCUCAGCGGACGUGCUUAUAUUCAAUACGGGCCAGUGGUGGGUGCCCGGGAAGCUUUUUGAGACGGGUUGCUACUUCCAAGUUGGGAACUCGGUGAAGCUGGGGAUGUCGAUCCGUGCAGCCUUUAGACUAGCAUUAGAUACUUGGGCAUCAUGGGUCGAGAAUACAAUCGACACAAGCAGAACUCGUGUUUUAUUCCGUACAUUUGAGCCAUCUCACUGGGGUGACCACAGAUCAUGCAGUGUGACGAAACACCCAACUACUGACACCGAGGGGAGGGAACAGAGCUUAUUCUCUGAAACAAUCAUGGAAGUGGUAAAGAACAUGACAGUUCCAGUGACAGUGUUGCAUGUGACUUCCAUGUCGGCUUUUAGAAGCGAUGCCCAUGUGGGUUUGUGGAGUGAUAACCCGUCUGUGCCCGAUUGUAGUCACUGGUGCCUGCCUGGAGUUCCCGACAUAUGGAAUGAAAUCUUGCUCUUCUACCUGUCCAGACAAGCAUGAACAAGCUUUCGGUGCGUGGAUAUUUGCACCAUUUUGGCAUUGGUAUCUGAUAUUGACGGAGUCUCCGAGAAUCGAGGGCUUCAGGUCAUUUGUCUUGCUGCUCUUUCAAGGCAAGACAGACUUGGAUCUUAUAAUAUGGAAGCUACUGUCUUUCUGGAUGCAGAAGACAUAUUUGGUAACGAAAAAGAAAGGGGGCGAAAACUGAUUCUUUUCAUUCUUUCAAUGGUUUUUCUUUCUUCCUGGUGUCUAGCGAGAGAGAUUUCUUCCCUGACUUUUUUGGUAAGAAAUAGUUUUGAAUUUAAAGAAGAAAAAAUGAAUGAAUACAGAGUUUUCAAUUA